AUGAGCUUGACACCUUGCUUCGUAUCAUUAAUAGAUGAAUCCGACAAACCUAUAUUGAUUUACGUCCCCAAUGAGGUGGAAAAUGAGAUGAAUGAAGUACUUAAAUAUAACGUGCUUUCUAAUAUAUCGUUAGAUUAUUUUGAAAGUGCUUUAGUGGAGUGGCAUUCUCUAGAUUCCAAACCUUUGUUGAAGUCGAUUUUCCAAUUGGAAGGCGUCUCUGUAUUUGCUAUGUUGAUCAAGCAGACGGGUCUGAAGAUUGUCAUCGGAUUUGAACAAAGAAGCCUAAAUGGAGGUGAUGAUGAAUUAAGAACAAUUAAUCAGAUUUUCGAAACUGUAAGAAGAAUCUAUAUACGGGUCAAAUGCAACCCUUUACUUGCUAGCAGUGACGAAAUCUCCAUUGUAAAAAGUUUGGAAAGAAAAUUUGAUGAGCUAUUUGCUUCAACUGAAGUUGAACUAUAA